AUGGCUUCCAACAAGGCCACCGAACAUCAACUUCCAAUCCGCGCAGCAGGAGGUGGCCAACCUUCAGAGAAAGCUGCUUCCUUUUCUCUGACUCCCUUCUCAGAAGCAACUCUUGGCCAUCUCCUUUCCGCAUACAAGGCAUUGCCCGCCCAACAAAGAGCCCAAGAUGGCCAUCAAUUUUCGGACGAGUCGUCCUUUCUAUCCUACAUGGCAUCUCCCGAGUCGGCUGCCAUGUCGGACUCAGUCCCGAAUGAUCUGAGUUACCCUCUCUCGUCCUACUACAUCAGUUCAAGCCACAAUACCUAUCUGUCAGGCCACCAGCUUUAUGGCGAUGCUAGCGUUGAAGCGUAUACCAAUGUCCUCAAGAGGGGCUGUCGGUGUCUAGAAAUCGAUGUUUGGGAUGGCAGCGACUCGGAUACCAGUAGCUCCGAUGAAGACGAGGAACGCUCCAAGUCAUCUCGCUGGGGCAAAGUCAAGGCUAAAGCCUCCCGCAUGCGUUCCCGCUCGCGUUCUGGGUCUAUGCGUAGCAGUGGUCCACCAAAGGCUCAGUCAGACGCACAGGGAGGUACAUCACAAUCAUAUACCGAACACCACAUUUUGUCUCGCCAUUCUUCAAUAGCCUCCACCACCAAAUCAGCUUACCUUUCCCCUCAUCCUUCUCCCAACAUUUCCUCAAAAUGUGAACCUCGUGUACUUCAUGGCUAUACCUUAACUCAGCCCAUUACUUUUCGCGCCGUUUGCCAUGCCAUCAAAGAUUCGGCCUUUGUCAGCACCGACUUGCCACUCAUCGUAUCGCUAGAAGUCCAUGCCUCCCCUGCCCAGCAAGAGAUGAUGGUACAGAUUAUGAAAGAAUCCUGGUCGAGUCUACUCGUCAACCUUAGCGCCGAAUCUCAGACAGCCACUCUGCCCUCCCCAGAAUCACUGAGGAGAAGGAUCCUGAUCAAAGUCAAGGCGGUGCCUGUCCCAGAUGAAUCGAGCGCUCAUAUCGAGCAUGUUAAGUCCAACACGACUGAUGGAAGUCAGGAGGAUGGUGCUUCCUCAUCUCCGGAGAAAAAAGUGAAGAAGCUCUUGACCGCACUUUCGGACCUUGGAGUCUACACACGCGCGUACACUUUCAAAACGUUUUCCCAACCCGAAGCGAAAAUCCCCACGCACGUCUUCAGUUUGUCUGAAAGCAAAGUCCACGACAUGCACCCAGAUCCCUCUUCCGGUCCAGCAUUGUUUGAACACAACAAGAGCUAUCUCAUGCGCGUGUUCCCAAAAGGUACUCGCAUUGGCAGCUCAAAUGUCGAUCCGACUUUCCAUUGGCGACAGGGUGCGCAAAUGGUGGCCUUGAAUUGGCAGAAACUCGACAAGGGUAUGAUGCUGAAUGAGGGUAUGUUUGCCGGUUGUGGAGGCUGGGUAUUGAAGCCAGAGGGCUAUCGCACACGUCGUCAGGGCGAAGUGAUUUCAGAAAUGCGCGGAGAUCCGAAAUCAGCAAGUCUUUCCAAGAAAUGUGCGCUCGAUCUUGAAAUCUCCCUUCUUGCAGCUCAAAAUCUACCACUGCCUAUCGACAAGGACGUCUCGCAUGCGUCAAAACUGAAACCCUAUAUUAAGCUACAUCUGCAUGUAGAUACCCAUGGUCCUCCCGGUCAAGGUCACACGAAGCCGGAAACAGAUGCACAUAGUGGAGAGGAGAUCGAUGAAAAAUUCUAUGAGCGGAAAUCUGCGACAUACAGAACAUCAAAUCCCGAUUUUGGUGGUGAAAGGGUGACGUGGAAACAGAUUCCGGACGUGAUGGAUGAAUUGAGCUUCAUCAGGUUGAAAAUCAAAGACGACCGAUCCAUUGGCAAGGACAACCUACUUGCCUGGGCGUGUAUCCGCCUUGACCGCCUUAAGCCGGGCUAUCGAUUUAUUCAUCUUCUUGAUGCAGCGGGUUUGCCCUCGUCCGGCGCACUUCUCGUUCGGGUGACAAAGCAAGUGAGUUAA